AAUGACCAUGCCUUUCGUUGUUUUCGACACAGAAGAGCUGUUCAGAAAGUGAAAGUAGGAUCAUGCGCUUCUUCUGCACAGCUGGCAGGGGAACGGAAAUAUUUGCUCAUAAAGAAAUAAGCGACGAAAUUGAUAAUAAUCCUGACUCAGUCUCACAUUCUGAAGGCAGAGUUUACUUUCACUCCAAUUUAACCCACAUAGAUCAAAUUUUAAGACUAAAGACUGUUGAGAGGGCAUUUGCACUAGUUCUCCAUAAAGAUUCUACUGAGUAUAAAGAUUUAGACAGAGCUGCUCUCUUGCAAUACAUCAGGACCAAUAUUUUGAGUAAAGAUGCCUGGGAAGAUGGAGAACUUACUGAAAUCAUACAUUACUUAAAAACUCAUCUCAACAAAAAAUUACAAGGGGGAGUAACCCAUGUUGAUGAGGAAGGUCCUCCGGCAAAAAAGUUUAAACCGAAUGUUGGGGAUGGGAAAAUUAGCUUCCGAGUGUCUUGUAAAAGCUCUGGGAUAUGUGGAAGGAAAGUCAGCAGUCAGUUGCUGGCAAAGCAAAUUGGUAUCAAACUAAGCCAACUGAUGAAAUGGAAGGUCAACUUUAAAGAUCCAGAUAUUGAAAUUUGUAUACAGCUGUCUGAUUCCCAUGUAACUGUAGGGAUUCCCUUAACAAGAAUUCCAUUAUCCAAAAGGCAGUAUGUCAAAUUUCAUGGACUAAGAGGCCCAGUGACUUGGAUUCUGACAAGUCUACUAAAUAUCCAGAAUCAAAGCACAGUUCUAGAUCCAAUGUGUGGGAAAGCGACUAUUCUUCUGGAAACAGCCAAGAACUUGGAGAAUGUGUUUUGUAUUGGUUGUGAUGAAAACAUAGAUCAGCUGAAAAUAGCUGCAGAGAAUUCCAGAUUCGCAAACGUAGAAAAUAAACUACAACUGUUUCAGGGAGAUUGUAGAGCUCUGCCCCUACGGAAUGAAAGUGUGGACUGCAUUGUGUGUGAUACUCCAUUUGGAAAGAAAUUCAGCAUACAAGAAUCCUUGACUGUCUUCCAUACAUCUUUUCUACAGGAAAUGUACAGAGUGCUCAAAAGAAAUGGAAGAAUGGUCCUUCUUGUCAGCGAAGAAAUGCAUCACAUCUUCCAAAAAUCUUUCACUAAUACCGGUACAAAUAUUGAAGUGUUUACAACUAAACAACAGGGAGAAAUCAAUCGUGUCAAACAGAGAGUUUUAUCAGACUCUCAUGAACAAAAUGACCAAUCACAAGCCUCCUUACAAGUAGAAUCCAUUCAUUCUGAUUCUGCAGAUUGUUUAAGCAAGGCGGGGAAUAACUUCAAGUGCAACCAAGUUAAUGACAAAAUGGACGAAAGCCACAGUGAUGAAUACAUAGACAAACAGUUACCCUUUACUGCAAACAGAAGUUGUGAGAUGGGUAAAACUAGUGAACAAAAUGAGAACGAGAUAAUGAAUCUACUUUCUGUUUUUAAUCAGUUUAUAUAUGUAAGUGAUCACUACAUCAAACUUGGUGAGACAAAUUCUUAUAUUGCUGUUUUGGAGAAAAAAUGAAUGCUUAAUAUAUUAUGAUUGCAUUGAUUAUAGCUAUUGAAAUAAAUUUUUGCAACAUACAA